UAUUGGUGAAACACAGUCAUUUUGGAGGAGCACCCAUUUGGGCCUGGGAACCGAUCAUGCCGCUGGAUAGACUUCCUGGCUGGCUGAAUGCUGUGACCUGUGGGCUCCUGCUGCUUCUCCUUCAUGUGCAGGGCCAGGACUCAGCUAGUCCCAUCAGGACCACACACACAGGGCAGGUGCGAGGUAACCUCAUCCGUGUUAAGGACACCGAAGUUGGUGUCCACACCUUUUUGGGAAUUCCAUUUGCCAAGUCACCUGUAGGACCACUGCGGUUUGCACCUCCUGAGUCCCCUGAAUCAUGGAGUGGUGUGAGAGAUGGGACCUCACAACCGGCCAUGUGUCUGCAAAAUGUUGAAAUAAUGAAUGUAGAUGGUAUGAAAGAAAUGAAUCAGAUCCUGCCUGACAUCUCUAUGUCUGAGGACUGCCUGUAUCUCAACGUCUAUAUACCAGCCCAUGCCUAUGAGGGCUCUAAUCUGCCUGUGAUGGUAUGGAUACAUGGUGGUGGACUUGUUGUGGGCAUGGCUUCCAUGUAUGAUGGAUCCUUACUGGCAGCUACUGAGGAUGUUGUGGUGGUCAUUAUCCAGUACCGUCUGGGUGUUCUGGGCUUCUUCAGCACUGGAGACCAGCAUGCCAGAGGCAACUGGGGCUACCUGGACCAAGUGGCUGCCCUACGCUGGGUCCAGCAGAAUAUCGCCCACUUUGGAGGCAACCCUGACCGGGUCACCAUUUUUGGAGAGUCAGCAGGUGGCACAAGUGUGUCCUCACAUGUUGUGUCCCCCAUGUCCCAAGGACUCUUCCAUGGUGCCAUCAUGGAGAGUGGGGUGGCUGUGCUGCCUGACCUCAUCUCUGAUACCUCGGAGGUGAUCUACAGGACAGUGGCCAAACUAUCUAGAUGUGAGUCUGUGGACUCGGAAGCCCUGGUGCGCUGUCUGCGAGGCAAGAGUGAAGAGGAGAUUCUGGCUAUUAACAAGGUCUUCAGUAUCAUCCCUGGUGUGGUGGAUGGGGAGUUCCUACCCAGGCACCCCCAGGAGCUGUUGGCCUCUGUGGACUUUCACCCUGUUCCCAGCAUCAUUGGUGUUAACAAUGAUGAGUAUGGUUGGACCAUCCCCAUGCUCCUGGGCUUUGCUCAUACAAUAAAGAACAUAACCAGAAAGACACUGCAGGCUGUUUUGAAGAGCACAACGGCACAGAUGAGGUUGCCUCCUGAGUGUAGUGAUCUGCUAAUGGAAGAGUACAUGGGAGACACUGAGGACUCCCACACUCUCCAACUACAGUACACAGAGAUGAUGGGGGAUUUCACGUUUGUGAUCCCUGCACUCCAAGUGGCACACUUUCAGCGUUCACUUGCCCAUGUCUACUUCUAUGAGUUCCAACAUCAGCCCAGCUUUGCUAAGUAUGUAAGGCCACCCCACGUGAAGGCUGACCAUGCUGAUGAGGUUCCCUUUGUCUUUGGAUCCUUCUUCUUGGAUAGCAACCUUGACUUCACUGAGGAGGAGAAGGUACUGAGCAGGAGGAUGAUGAAGUACUGGGCCAACUUUGCACGACAUGGGAACCCCAACAGUGAGGGCCUACCCUACUGGCCUGUGUUGGACCAGGAUGAGAAGUACUUGCAGCUGGAUGUCAAGACUGCUGUGGGUCAUGGUUUGAAGGCUGGAAGGCUGCGGUUCUGGACUGAAACCCUGCCCCGGAAGAUCCAAGGGCUAAAGGGGACUCAAGACAAGCAUACAGAGCUCUAGUGCCCUUAUCAGGAAAUGUGUGUGCACUGGAGUGCUAAUGGGAUCAUCCUGGCAUUCCCAAAACCCAUUGAAGAAUCUAGUUUGAUUCCAACAUUCACAUAAACAUUCCUAACAUCAGCACUUGUCCAUUUAGCCGACAUGUACAGCAAACCCUCUGCAUAUCCUUAUCCUGCUAGAUCUAUCUUUUGUUAGAUGUAGUCAAUAAAUGUUCCCAUAACAAUGUG